GGGGACAAAAAAUCAAAUAUGGCGAUUCAGUCGCUGUUUACAGUGAAUGCAUAUUGCUCGCAGUCUCGUGCGGAAGUAAUUAACGUGUGAAGUUGUUUUUUUACGGUGAUGAGUGCUCGUGCCAUCACGAAUAGACGUGUUUUGCAUAAUAUUACGAAUAUGGAGGACCAUGAAGGCGAAUUAAGUGGUGAAAAAGCGUCGGGCGGUGUUGAUGGGAUCGGCGACGAGAAGGGCGGACAGGCGGACCCGACGCUUACCGCGGCAUCGACGAUCGUUUCCUCUGUCUCCGUUUCCUCGGCUGAAAAGACUGUGUCGCUCUCUGCCGGUAAAAACAUCGACUCCAGAUGCACGAUCGACGAGAGCAGCAGACACAACCAGAAGCCUUUCAUAAGAAGGUGUGGAAAAUUCGAGAGCGGAAGUGGCAGUGGAGACCAGGAUGGAAUGCACACCGAGGAUGGUGUCGAUAUUGCAGCAAAAAAGCGGAAGACUCGCCGAGGUAAACCCAAACAUCGAAAGCUCAAACCUUACUCAAAGCAGCAUCUCUCUUAUCAGCAGAGGGUUCGCAAUCGAGCCGGAAGGCCCACAAAAACCGGAAGACAACCUCCCGCCCCAUACAACACAACCCAGUUUUUAAUCGAAGACCACAACGAUCUCCCCGACCUGGAGCAAAAAUUGGCAAGUGCCAGUGCCUCAUCAGAAAUCCCUCGUUACAAUCAAAAACCCGGGGCAUGUCGCACCCGAGAUUCUAGUUUCAGUGUCGAUUCCGACGAAGACUUUUUCUACUCCUCGCCAGAAGAUGAGGAGGAAUUCCUUACGAAAGAGUUCAAAACUGCCUACGAGGAUCUCCACGCCGAGAGACUCGGAUCCAUGACCAAAGCACAACUCAUCCAGGAGUACAUACAGCUCGAGGCAAAAGUUGAUCUUCUAACGAAGCGAUUGAAGGGGAAAAGUUUGUAUCCAACUGAGGAAAAAGACUCUGAAUCAAGGAACGGUACAUCGGCAGAUAUUGAAACGGCGAAGAAACUGAAGAGCUUCCAACAGAAGAUUGAUGAUCUUAUGCAGCAAAAUGAACAACUGAGGAGGGAAAAUGAAUCAUUGAGAGCGCAAAGGCAUAAAAGCGUGAGUGUGGAUAGUGAGAGCGAGAGCGAUAGUUCCAGUAAUGAAAAUCAUAGUAGAGGGAAUGGAUCGCAAAGGAGUCCUGGAUCUUCUCCAGUUCCGGUUUCCUACCAAGGGAGGCUGGAUAAAAGUCACAGGCAGAAUAGCUCUAUAUCGAGCGUUGAUAGCGAGAGUGAUAGCAGCAGUAGUAAUGAGAGUGGACCAACUGAUGGCAACGGAAGUCCAAAAUCUCCGGUGGAAGUCGUCAACGGACAUGCAGCUGCUUGCGAGAUCGAGGGUCUACCGACCUAAAUCUCAUCGAUUCGAUUUUGUGUUCCAAGCGAGGGAGUAACUACUACUGAAUUCAGGUGUACAUUUUUUAUGGACUCAGUUUUGAAUUAAAUUUUUUAGGCUAUUUAACGUUCAGAGAACUCGGGAAAAACAGAAUUGUCAAGGAAAGCUCGGACAUGGAAAAAGUUACGAAUUUUUUUUAGCCAGCCCGCCAGCGAGUAUUUUUUUCUACUUUUUAAAGAUAAAUUUAAAAAAAGUUCACAUACAUUCUUUCUUACUUUUCCCCUUUCUUUUUCUACUUUUUAAGUCUUAAACGUUAAACAUUGCACCAUGUGAAAUUGGAUGAUUGAUAAUUUUAAACACUUAAAAUUGAACAGUUCUAAAUUGCAAUAAUCAGACUAACAAAAUAAAAUAACUUCAUAAUUUUCGGAAAAGCUGGCAGACUUUCUAUUACAAUUUUCAAGCCACUGAAUUGUAAAAGUUCACAUUUACUGUUCUUUGUACACCUUGAAUUGAAAUUCGUUGAAUUCCCUUUUGAAUUUACUUGGAUUCAUAAAUAGA